AUGGGCGACUCACCACCACGAUCACAUUCCCGUACUCCAGAGCCAGAUCAUGCUCAUGCCGCUGCGACAAGUGCCUUCGUCACCGCCGCUGCGGCAGGCAUUGAAAUCGACAGCCGCGAGCACAGUCUCGACCUUCCUUCCCUCCUGCCGCUCUCGCGCGACCAUGCCCUCCUCAGCGGGAGCAAGUUUGACGUUGACGCGUUCCUCCUUUCCCGCAUCCACAUCCCUCUCGACGAAUUACGUGGCGAGCUCCGUAGCUAUCUCGCCGAAUUGCGCGAGGAGCUUGUGCAACUCAUCAAUGACGACUACGAGGAGUUCAUCUCGCUGGGGACAGGGCUGCGCGGCGAGACAGAGCGACUGAGGGGACUGGAGCGGCCGCUGGGUCUCCUCCGCGGCGAAGUGGAAACCGUCCGGGACGUACUCAAGUAUCACCAGGACGCGGUACAGGCCAAGCUCGACGAGCGCGCUGCGCUGCGCGAGGAGAAGGCGCUCCUCGACCUCUUGCAGCGGUUAUUUGAGACGCUCGCGCGCGCACAGGCACUCGAGAACUCUACUGAUGAGCAGGGGAAGGUCGUCGUCCGCCUGGCUGGCGAGUACUCACAACUCGUGUACCUGCGGGGCAAGGCGCGGGCGGAAGGUUGCAAGAUCGCCGACACCGUGUCGCCGCAGAUUGACGCGCUGCGGGGCCGCCUUAGCCGCGACCUCUCUUCGCUCCUCACGACUGCCCUCGAGGCGCGCGAUGAGGCGCAGAUGAAGGCAUGCCUCAAGACGUACGACUCAAUCGAGGGGUGGGCCGAGGCCGAGGAAGUGGUCCAGCGCGCAGUGCGUGCAUUCUGCUCCAAAACCAUUACACCGACGGCACUCGUCGCCUCUCCUGUCCCAGUUGCCCCCGAAACUCCUAUCCGCGGCAUGCGCGCAAGGUUGGAAGAGACGUCGGCUCUGGCACGACUUUACAACUGCGUCCUAUCCCAGGUUGAGGGGUACGCGCCGCUCCUCUCUCUCGCCCACACCGUGUCUCCACGUUUCGAGCUGUUCUCCGGCGUACUCUGGCCUGAGAUCUGCAGCGCUACUGUCGACAAUCUGGGCAGCACAAUCUUCGCCGCCGGUCGCCCUGACGAGUUGCACAAGCACUACACCACAACCCACGCGUUCCUGAUGCUGCUCGAGGGCGCCGCACCGAGUGCGGACGCGGUGGUGGCCAUGCGCGAGAGUCCGGCGUACGAAGCGUUCGAGCGUCGCUGGCAGCUACCCGUCUAUUUCCAGCUGCGGUGGAAAGAGAUUGUGAGCACGCUCGAGGCGGCGCUCAGCGCGCCCGUCCCGGCCAACCCGUCUACCACCCCCUGGGCGCUCCCGCAGAGUGGUGCAGCGUGGGAUGCGUUCCGCGCGUGCUGGGCACCCGAGAUCUACCUGCCUGAACUGGCGCACCGCUUCUGGCGCCUUGGGCUGCAGGUUGUCGCGCGCUACGGGACAUUUUUGUCGACGGCACUCGGGUCGUACAAAGCUGGCAGCGACGAUGACAGCGGGCAGGACGACGCGGCGCUGCGCUUCGCGGCCGCAGCCGUCGCAGACGUCGACGAGCUCUGCGCCCGCAUCCGGGGACUGAAGAUGCUCCAGCAGAUGGACGUCGACUUCCCAGUCGGGCUGAGCACGAAGGCGUUCGCCGCUCGCAUCAUCAGUAUCCUGCAACGCCGCUGCGCCGAGCCACUCAAGCAUGUACGGAGCGUCGCCUCCCAGUUCCGCGCCGCUCCGCCGCGCUCCUCGGCUCCUUCGCACUUUGUGUCACAGGUCCUCCGGCCACUCCACACGUUCCUCGACGCGCGGCCCGCGCUCUCGGCGUACCGCGCCGACUGGUCCGCCGCAGUGGUCGAGCAUGUCCUGACGCAGUACGCGAGCAUUCUUGCGUCGGUGCGCAAGACGGAAGAUCUGCUUCGCCGCCACCGCAAGAGCAAGAAGAGCGGUUUCAGUCUCUUUGGGAGCAGCAGCGCCGCGGCUCCUGAGGGCGACGAGGACGAGCGAUUCCGCCAGCAAAUGCGCUCCGACAUUGACGCGCUAGCCGCUGACGCGAAGAGCCUCGGGGCCCCUGUCGGCGGCAUGACGCAGUGGAAGGAGCUCGUGGAUGUCGUCGAACGUCCUGCCGAAGCCUAG